AUGACCUCAAGCAACAUCCUCCAGCUGCCGUUUCGGCGCACCCACGCUGUCUCCCUAUCGGACGCCAUAACCCAGUACAUCUCUUCGAAAUAUGAUCAGCGCCCGGAUAUGUUUGCAGACGACCUACUCGUUCUCGACCGGCUGCGUGCAGAAGCCGUGAACGUGCAGGAGCCUCAUGUCAGCGGGGUUAGCAGAUUGGUGACCUAUGCCGCGCAGCUGAAAUGGUUGGGAGGGAAGUUUCCAGUCGAUGUCGGCGUCGAUUUUUCUUGGUACCCUGCAUUUGGGUUUAACACGUCGAGACCUGUGUCAGAGAACAAUCUUAGAUUUGAACUCGCAAAUAUCCUAUUCAAUCUCGCCGCUUUGUAUUCACAGCUUGCCUAUUCCUUGAACCGAACCACCUCCGACGGCCUCAAACAGGCAUGCAACUAUUUUUCACAGAGCGCUGGGGUGAUUUCCCACCUCCGGAAAGACAUCCUUCCAGACCUUCGCGCAUCGCCCCCGGAAGACAUGGAUGAGAUGACAUUACAGAGUUUGGAGGAACUGUUACUAGCGCAAGCCCAAGAAUGUUUCUGGCAGAAGGCGGUCAAGGAUGGCCUCAAGGAUGCGUCGAUUGCCAGAUUAGCAGCCAAGGUUUCGGAUUUUUAUGCGGAUGCUGGCGACUUUGCUGUCAAGUCUGAUGCUAUUAGUACCGACUGGAUCCAUCACAUGUCAGCCAAGCAUCAUCAUUUUGCUGCUGCUGCCCAAUAUCGUCAGUCUCUGGAGUGCUUGGAUAAGAGGAAAUACGGCGAGGAGGUUGCGCGUUUGAGAGAUAGUCUAAAGUGUGUGAACGAGGCGCUGAAAGAAUCCAAAUGGAUCAGUCGUAUCGUCUUGGGCGAUUUGAAUGGUCUCAAAAACCGAGUUUCCGAAGACCUGAAGCGAGCCGAAAAGGACAAUGAUGUGAUUUAUCUCCUGCCUGUUCCGCCAAAAUCCGAAUUGAAACCCCUCGAUCGCGCAGUUAUGGUGGCUGCAAAGGCCCCAACCCAAGUGACGGAUGCUAUCUCGAUGCUGGGGGACAAUGGCCCUCUUGGCCAGCCGCUGCUAGCCAAGCUAGUUCCUUAUGCCGUUCAUGUUGCCGCCAGCAUUUAUUCUGAUCGUCGCGACCGCUUAGUGAAUGAAAAUAUAAUCGGAGAGCUCGAAUCAAUGACAGACAAGCUUCGAGAUCUCUUACAGUCACUGAACCUCCCAGGCUCUUUGCAAGCGUUGGAGAAACCUCUGGGCUUACCACCAACGCUAAUUUCUCACGCAGAAGAAGUGCGCCAGCAAGAUGGUCUCUCUUUCUUGCGUCACUCUCUCGAGGAUACUGCUCAAGUCAAAAGCAACGACAAAGCACUCUACAUGGAGGGUGUAGAUCUUCUAUCUGCCGAGAAGGAAGAGGACGAUCGCGCUCGUGCAAAGUACGGGACUGAUCGAUGGAAUAGAGAAACAUCCGAAGUCGCUGGACAGAAAGUUUACGAAACGGCGACAAACAUUAACGGAUAUUUCUCGUCUGCCCAAAGCACCGAUGAUCUGAUCGGAAAGAAACUGCACGAUGCGGAAAAGGUUCUUCGUGUACUGACAGGGACGAAUCGUGAUUUAGAAUCAUAUGUUCCUAGCAGCAGGAGAGCAGCGAUUACGCCGGAGCUGGAAAGAGAGUCGAGUAGGUUAAGAAGCUGUCUCAAUGAAGUGAACCGACUGGAGAAUCGGCGCAAGCGCCGCAUUCAGAUAUUAAAAGAGAAAGCCCGCUCAGAUGAUAUCAAUUCUGCUUUACUUAAAGAGACGGGCCGUCUCGAAAGAGAAUAUCCUAUGCAACCAAUCGAAGCAAGCCAGUUUGAAAGUCUCUUUGAAGAUCAACUGCAUUUAUAUGACUCGGAUAUGGAUAUGCUUGAAAAAGAACGGAAUGAGCAAGAGCAGCUAGAGACGCAAGUCCAAGAAGCCAAUCGCAACUUCAACAUAGCCCGACGAGGAGACACGUCAAGCAAGGAACGAGAAAAGGCGCUGCAGGAGCUAGAAAACGGAUACGCAAAGUACAAGGAGCUCAUUUCGAAUUCUGAGGUUGGACGCAAAUUCUACAAUGAUUUGGCCAAGAUUGUUGGUCGGUUUAGAGAUGACUGCAAGUCAUUUGUCCAUCAACGGCGGAUGGAAGCAAGCCAACUUGAAAAUGAUAUCACGAAUGCGGCGGCCAUGGCAUCAUUGAAUAUAUCUCGUCCUACUCAUCAACAGUCUACAGCACAACCGCCUCUUCAACCUCGACCGGCUCCCAACCAGCCCGCCCCAGAGCCUCUAACAGCACCGCUGCCCACACGGGCGAACGUUGCCCCCCACCUGUAG